AUGGGGAAGUCACAGUCGAAGUUGUCCCCCUCGCAACUUGAUGAACUUCAAAAAGCGACCCAUUUCGACAAGAAGGAGUUGCAGCAAUGGUAUAAAGGGUUCCUGAAGGACUGCCCCUCCGGCACCCUUACGAAGGAGGAAUUCCAAAAGAUCUACCGGCAGUUCUUCCCCUUUGGCGACCCGUCCUCUUUUGCGAACUACGUUUUCAGAGUAUUUGAUUCCGAUAAUAGCGGCAUGAUCGACUUUAAAGAGUUCAUCUGCGCCCUAUCGGUGACCUCCCGCGGCAGAAUGGAAGACAAAUUAGACUGGGCUUUCCAGCUGUACGAUAUCGAUGGCGACGGGAAGAUCAGCUACGAUGAAAUGCUCGCGAUAGUCGAGGCUAUAUAUAAAAUGGUUGGGUCAAUGGUGAAGCUCCCAGAAGAUGAAGAUACCCCUGAAAAGCGCGUCAAGAAGAUCUUCCGGAUGAUGGAUAAGGAUGAGAACGGAAGCCUGGACAUCGCCGAAUUCAAGGAGGGCACAUGUCAGAUGUACGAUCCUGCACGAAAUGUCCCCUUGACCUUUUCUACGAACUCUUUUUGCCCUUUUUAUGGUGGGGCGUCACUUGCCAUUGUACCUGAAUUGUUUAGUUACGGCUUGUGUUAUCGGUGUGUUUCCUUCGCCGCAAGGCAAGGUUCUCGAAGGUCGCGGCCGGCAAUGAGCUUCCAGCCUGCUAGGAGUUCGCAUCACCACUCCCCGCUGGCACGAAGCGCCGUAUUUUCGUCCCUUCCCCGCUAAAUGUUCAUAUUCGCCCGUCCAGGUCCAUCGACGGCAUAGCGGGGUUCAGUUUCCAGCCUCAAGCUUCCCGGCAUAUAGGGGGCGUCGCGCCCCGCCCACUACACGAAUGGCUUGGAGAAACCGUUGCUGUUGCUCCGCCUAUCUGACAUCACUCCUCUUCUUGUACUAUUUUUCUUUUUCUCUCUUUUUCUUUUUUUCCUUUCCUUUCCCCUUUCCGUUCCUUUCUUUUUUUUUCUUUUUUUUCCUCCCUCCUUUUUUCUUUUUGACGAAACGCCGAAGUUCUGUUUUCUCUUGGCGGGCCUUUGCAUGACUGAUGGCGGUGUAGGUCUGAUUUUGAAUAUUGCUUGGUUGAGUGAUUCUUGGGCUCCGGCGUCUACUAGUUAUUAGUUAGUACCCCUGCGUGUACGAGAACUUAAGAAAGCAAAGUGAAUUUAUAACAUUAAAA